CGUUUUCUGGUGUUAAUUGAUUUAAUCGUACAAACGAUUGAAAGUAUAUUUUUCAUAUUAAUUUGUUGAUAAUUAAUUGAAUUACUAAUGGGAGUUAAAUUGUCAGCCAAUAAUUACCACACAAUUUGCAAAUACAAUCAGUUUUGUGCUUAUUUUGUGUAUUACUACUAUUCCUAUUACUAUUAAAGAUGUAACAAAUAAAUCGAAAUAAAAGUAAUAUUAGAGACAAAAGUAUGGAAUUAAAGAGAGAGACGAAAAGGAGGACCGAGUGGUCGGUGAUUGUCUCAGAAAAGGCUAAAUCGACGGUAAAUCCGAUCCGAAUGGUUGUCGAGACGUUAAAACUGGAGCCAAACCCCGAGAAGCCAUUAAUUCCACUCUCUAUUGGCGAUCCGACAAUCUUUGGAAACCUGAAGCCAUGCGAAGAGAUAACUAAUGCCAUAAUAGCGAGCACUCAGUCCUACAAAAACAACGGUUACUUCGCGGCCGCCGGCUCUGAAGAGGCCCGACAGGCGGUGGCCCUCUACUCCUCGGUCGACGGCGCGCCCGUUGAGGCAAAGGAUGUGAUCUUGACGAGUGGUUGUUCACAUGCACUGGACCUGUGUAUGACAGUGCUCACGAAUCCCGGCUCCAAUAUUCUGGUUCCGAGACCCGGGUUCUCAUUAUACGAGACACUGUCGGCGCUCAUUGACGUCCAGAUAAGACACUACGAGCUCUUGCCCCACAAGAAUUGGGAAAUCGAUUUGAAUGACUUGGACAGUAAGAUCGAUGGCAAUACUGCGGCCAUCAUCUACAACAACCCGUCCAAUCCGUGCGGAUCUGUAUUUAGUAGACAACAUAUCAUAGAUUUCUUAGCCGUCGCUCAAAAACACUUUGUGCCCAUAAUUGCCGAUGAGAUAUACGAAGACCUUGUUUUUCCGGGAAACCACUUCUAUCCGAUAGCGUCACUCACUUCAGAGAUCCCGGUGCUGUCAUGCGGUGGUACCACCAAAAAAUUUCUGAUCCCCGGGUGGAGAAUGGGAUGGAUUUUGAUUCACGACAAACACUCGCGAUUUGGAAAUCAGGUUUUCUAA